CCUAAGAAAAUGCGUAGGAGGAAUUUUUCAGGGUUCAUCAUUUUUCUUAUAAUACAAAAUUGAAGCAUUUUAAUAUAUUUUGAAUCAAUCGCAAUUUUACAGGCAAAAUUUUAAGAUGUAGUUUUUUUGUCUAGUUUAAAUUUUGCGUACAAGGACAGACACAGGAGUCAAUAUUUACUUAAACCUGCGUAAAUAAGCGUAUGAAAUGAGCGUACUCAGAAGCUGUUGUAGUGUGAUAUCAUCAUAGCGUUGACCACCAGUUAGAAAUAUAUCUUUGAACUAUUCAUUCUAAAAGUAACAUCCCAAUAUGGAGUUUUUUUACUUAGGACUUGUGUUUUUUAAGAUGCUCUGUCUGUGUAUUGAAAGUGGGCUGGGGGAACAUAAGAACUUCUGUAAACCUCUUGAAGAUUAUGGACCAAGAGAGGACCGAAUGGAGUCACGACAUGUAUGCCGAACCGAGAUGAAUAAAAAAUGUGAACCUGUCACAGAAUCUGGAUGUUUAGAUGUUACAGAACUUAGAUGUGAUAUUCUUCUAACUACCAACUGCACAAUGGAUUGGACGAACAAGGAGAAACUGGAAAGUGUUAUGAGCAUCAAGGAAGAAAAUCUGAAGAAUUGUACAAAGGAGAUGGUCCGAGAAUUUCAUAACAAGACUAUUUAUGAUUGCAAGAAUGUUACGAAGGUCCAUUGUACAACAUUGUGGACUGUAGAUGAUAAUGGGCAAAAGGUCUGGGCUGGAAAUGAAGACGAUUGUAGAGAUGUUACCUGGGAGGAAUGCUUCCCUGUCAGCAAACAGGUUCCUAUGUCAGUGGCUCAGAUGACGUGUACAGAUAUCCCUAUAUCAUAUUUUGAUUAUGAGAAUAUUACAACACUCGUGAUGGCAGAUACCCUAGAAUGCCAGGUUGAUAAGGUUCCCGUUUGUUCUCCAAUAACAACAACUAAAUGUAAUACGGUUACCUACACUAGAUGCGAAUAGGUACCUGAAACUGUAUGUACAACUGUAGAAAUACCAGUUCCUGCCCAGCCAACCCUACACAAGAAAUGGUGCCUAUUCGAUCAAGAAGAAAAUAUAGACUUUGAUAGACAGGUUCGAAGAAUAACUCAGGAGGCCGAGGAACAAAAUUCACAGAUUCAGAGCGUUGUUGGUGAGUUAGAUCCAAUUUUCACUGAUUAUUCUGAUUCAGACUUAAACAAAGGUUUAGAUAUUUUGAGCAAACGGGAUGAAAUUAUUAAAGAAGUUGAUGUCAAACCAAAGAAGGAACAUGUAGAAGAAGCGAAUGAGAAGAAAGAAGAAGAAGAGAAGAAGAAGAAAGGAGAAGAGCCGAAGGAAAAGAAGGGAGAAAAGGAUGAGGAUGAAAGUAAAAAACGCCGAGGACAGCAAACAAGAAGCUCCAGAAAAUCAAGACAGUAAACUGAUCGCCAAAAUAAUAUAUAAAAUAAUAACAACCUGUAAACUAGUCAGCAUAAUUUGCGGCAACUGCCCAUUAAGUACAGUGUGCAACUGUGCAGUACGUGAACACUUUGCAGUGUACUGUGUGCAUCGUGCUCCCAUAUCUCUGAAUUUAGACUAAAGAUAAUUAUUCAAUGAAUAAUCUUUAUUUCAGCCUAAUUUUUACUUUUUGUGCUUUUUACUCUUUAUAUAAUUCUUUAGUUUUUUUCUCCUCCAAGACUUAAAGAAUAUGGAAGUGAGUGCAAAAAAUUGGAUCAUUAAAGUUUUUAAAUUUUCUUUGUUAAAAAUCUUUAUAUUCUUUGGUCUAUUGAAGAUUUCUGAAAUUCUGAGUAUAAAAGAUGACAAAAGAAUUGUUAAUUAUUAUCGAAAAAAGUAACAGAGAACUGAUUUUUUAAAGAUUCUCUUUACUUUUUAAAACUUAAUUUAAAAUGAAAAAAA